CGAUCACGGAGGGGCGGUGCGACUGACGUGAGGCGAGACCAAAGCGCGCCGCGCCGCCAUUUUCCCCUCAGCGGGGCGGGGCCGUGCGGGGCGGCCUUGGCUUCGAUUGUAGCCCUGUGCCGCCGCCCCUGGGGGCUCCUGGAGCUGUGUUCACCGCCCCGGUGAGGCACCCCGGCACGGGGGUGGUAGGUGUGGGUCUUCGCUGGCCGCCUCGUCUUCCCUGGGGCCUGCGGGACCCGCCUCAGGACCGGGCAGGGGGUGCGGGGCAAGCCGUGCCCAGAGGGUCUCUGCCUUUCCCUUUCGCCGGCCUUUAUCUCAACGCUGCUUCUGAAGUGCAGGGCCAGGCCAGGACCCUCCGGGCGUGCACGCGUUACCUGUUAGCCCAGCAUUCACGGUGUCAAAGGUUCUGUUCGCAGAGCUGCCCUGCUCGCACUGGAGACUCGUUCUCUCCCCGUUCUCUCCCCUGCCCCUGAGGCAAUGCGGGGGGACCGGGGCAGCAGUAAAGGCAGCCGGCUGUGCUUGUGCAGGGUGACAUCCGUGCAGUGACCCGUGAGCCUACGUGGCUGAACGGGGUUUUGAGAGCACUGAGGCGUAUGUGAGGGUGCUUAUAUUUCUUACAGAGUGAUUAAAAUGUGUUUCCUCAAAGCCGCUGCAAAGCCUCGUGUUUGGGCACAGAGGGUGUGAAUUUGAACAGAUGGGUGUUUGGGGAAGAACCUCAUUUUACUGAGGAAAGAAGAGAAACCUGUCUUUAAAACUUACUGGAACAGAGCUGCACUGCUGACAGCACAGAAGGAUGCACGUUUAUCUAGCAAGGAUUUUUAGGGUAUUCUCAGGUUUAAUCAUCACGAAAUGGUUUGGAUUGGAAAGGACCUUAAAGGUCAUCUAGUUCUAACUCCCUGCCACGGGCAGGGACACCUUCCCCUAUACCAGGUUGCUCCAAGCCCCAUCCGACCUGGCCUUGGACACUUCCAGGGAUCUGGCACAGUCAAACAAACAUCCUGAUACAGGACAGACAACCUGCUUAUGGGAUUUGACAUCUGCAGACUGCAACUGCUAGAUUGACUAAAUGCUUGUUUUAUCCACUCAGAUUCUGGAAAUCCUUUUCUCUUUUUCUGUCUAAGCCUGUGAUUAAAUCUGUAGUUUCAAGCCCUGCAAAACAGCUGCUGUCUCAUAUCAGUGAGCCCUGCCUUUGCAGAGAGGAGAGUUGGCAUCUCUCAGCAAGCGUCAAAAAAAAGCAGAAAAAGAAAGGAUUAAGAUUCAGUAGAAGCUUGAGUUAUGAAGAUUGGUGGUGGGAAAUCUGCAGCUAGAGUCUUUACCACUUGUGGGUUCCUGAAGGCAGAUUGCUGCAGAGGCACAUUCUCUGUGUUUGCUCUGUUUUAUUUCCCCUGAGAUCCCAGUUCUCUGAGGAGGUCAAGCACCUCCUCUGCUUUGUGCUCAGUCUGUCUUUGUGAGGUGGAUGGACUGCUUGGAGUUGAAGGAAAUCUGUAAAUGGUGGCAUGACAUAGGAGCCUGUGGCACCCAUGCAUGUAGGGAGGAUAUAUUACUCAUAGGAAGGUGUGUUGGAUUUUUCUAAUGCCAAAUCUAUAGCAUGUCCAUACCCAAAUCUCUUCAGCCCUUGCUGUUUGCCUGUUCAUUUUGUAUCAGAAAUUGGUUCUGAAAUUGCUUUUCCUCAAGCUGGCACUGAGACGGAUGUCAUUUGGGCUUUGCCUUUUCUUUCUUUUAUAUGUUCUCUGUAUUCCUCACAAAUAUAUUUGUAACUCUGUCACCUGUUGUAUUAGUAGCUGGUUUCCCAGUACCUUUCCAUGGCCUUUCCCUUAGCAGAAAGAGAAAACAAAUUCCAGAGCUCCAAGCCCUGAGAGGAACAAGGCCCCUGUCCUAUCUUGGUUCUUCCUGGGAACCAAGGCUGAGAACAACUCUUUGGGAUACAUUCUCAUGGACAAAGUACAGCUAGUGCUGAAGGGGGGGCUCCAGAGAAGGGGCUUGACCUCGGGGGGAAUUGCAUCACCACUUGUCCUCCUAAUUGGUGCUUUUUAUCAAUUAUGCUAAUUUCCUAAAACCUGUAAAAAUGUGCUCACCCCUCAGAGGGGCUUGUGUGGACACAUUUCCAUAACUGCCUCUGAAGGCCUUCAAAUAAAGAUCCCCUUUUAUAUUACCUCCUUACUAAAAUUAUCUCGAGUUCUAUUUCCAGUUUGGGAAGAAGGCAACAGGAGCAGGUGACUUCCUGAAGUCCCUUCCAACACAGGCUUUCCUGUGAUUUCUGACUUUCAGUCAGAAAAGACAGGAAAACAUUGCUGUGAGGAUGCAGGACUAUCCCAGCAGAUGUUUUUGUCAGUGUACAAGAGCAGGGAAUAUAAAAUGAAACAAAUAGAGAUGUAGAUUACAGACUUUACCUUGAAUUGAUGGUAAGAAAUUUGAAUCUGCACUCCAGAGAGACUAAUCCAGCCAUGGGUAGUGUGAAUAACUCAGAACAUCCCUGGCUACAAAGAUUUGCAAAUGGGAAACCUGUGAGAAAACCCAAGCGCCAAGAGCCUUGCAAGGCAGCACCUGAUCAAAGCCGAGACAUCAUUGCUUCUGCUCAGCUCAUCUUGGACAGAGAAAAUUUUGUGAGGGAACUGGACAGAUAUUUGAAGCACAGUGAUUUCCUAGAUCUGAGAAAGACAGAGCUUCUGUACAAAAAAUAUCUUGAGAAUGUUUCAGAGCCACUUAUGCAAAAAAUGAAGAACCUAAUGGACAGCCAGUCAGAGAAAGAAGUGUGGAAAAGGAGACAAGAGCAAUUUUCUCAAUAUUUAAACUACUGUACAAAGAAGGGCUAUGUGUUUUUGGAUGAUUAUGACCCAUCAGAGUACGAUCCAUUCUUCCAGAAGACAUGCACAGACUGCUGGAGGGUGAUGGAAUUCAUCGACCAGCACAAUGACAGAGAGAGCCAAUGAUGUCACCUGUGCUCCAGCUGACCUCAGCAGCAAGCACAGCCAUCGAAGGUACCCUCUACAAAAUAGGUUACAAGCACUGUCAAAGCAAGUGAGAACAGGCCAGGCAGGUCUUUGGGCAAACUGCAAUAAACUUGGUGUCUUAAACAUAUAGUUCUGAAAUAUUGUUACCCAGCAGCCAAAGAAAUGUCUGAGAUGCUGCUCCUCCUCUUGCCAGAUCCAGUUCAAUGCUCUACAAGCCAAAACCUGCUAUUUUAGGAGGUUUAACUUGGGCUGAGCCUGAUAAAGACAGUGCUGGUGUUCUCCCCUGGAGACAGUGUUCAAGCAGUAAAUCAAACUUUUAACAUACAUCGCAGGUGUUUUGAGAAGCAGGAAAUAAGCAGGGCAGAGGAGAUGGGAAGUGGUGUACAAAACACCUGGUGCUUUCUGGAGAGCUGAUGCUGAGCA